UCUCCUGAGUAGUGAGGAGAUGAAGAAACUAACGGAGGCUCUGGAGUCAGAUGUGGGAAUGAAGACCAAGACUUACGGGCGAGACGACACGCAGGGCAGGAAGACCAAGACGGCCCUGUGGAAUUACGUGGGGAAUGACAUCACCGGGGCUGUGGCCAGGACCGAGAAGGUGGCGGGAACUUUUGAACAGCUUCUUGGAGGUGAGGUAUAUCAUUACCAUUCUAAGGUGAUCAUGAAGGAGGCACGGACUGGAGGCGCCCAUCUCUGGCACCAGGACUAUGGCUACUGGUACGAGAACGGCUGCAUGUAUCCUAACAUGGGAACGGUCUGGAUCGCUGUUGACAAGGCCGAUAGGGGAAAUGGCUGCCUUAAGAUCAUCCCUGGGUCUCACAAGGCUGGAAGAGUGGACCACAUCCGUAUGGGUGAUCAGGCUGGGGCGGAUCUAGAGAGAGUGACGCAGCUGGAGAAGGCUCUUGGACUGUUCCAUGUGGAGAUAAAUCCGGGGGACGCGCUGUUCUUCCACUGUAACAUCCUGCACCGCAGCGACCAGAACAGCAGCGACAGGCGCAGAUGGGCCUUUCUCGUUGCUUACAACCGUGCCGACAACAACCCUGUGUACAAACACCACCAUCCGCAGUACACGCCUCUCAACAAGCUUCCCAACGCCGCGAUCCUGGAGUGUUCUACGGCGACUGACUUAACUGGGAAGGGCUUCUUCUCACUGGAUAAAGACUUCUCCUUGGCGUCUUUGAACACGAAGGCAUAGAGUCAUUCCCAUGAUAGGCUCACUGUGUCAAGUGUCUAGCAGCCUUUUGAUUGCUCAGGCCCCAUUGAAGCUUGAUUAACAACGCCUCUAAGUCAGGAGAAUCUGCAACAUCUAAUCCUGGUGAUUUAUGCGUAUGUGGGGGGCUGCUUGGGGGGGGGGGGUCUUGGUAACGCUUAACGGUGAUUUCAGGAGGCACAGUAACGCUUAACGGUAAAUUCAGGAGGAGUUACAGAGCAUAACGAUAAACAUAGAACUGUCUGUUGCCACUGUGUUUUAGGCUGUAAUUACUGUUUUCCAUAGUAACAGAGGAUGCUGAACUCCUGUUAAACCGAUUGUCAGAUGUCACUCAUAUUGACACGCCUGCGAA